GUUGUUGCCAUUUGCAGGUAUGUUACCGCCAUAUUCUUCGUUUUCUUAAUUCCCUACUCCACUUUAAUCUCCCUCCCCCUCUUAUCAAAGCUUCAAUAUUUUAUUAUCCACGUAUUACAUUCUGAUCCACCGAUCUCGAUCCAUUUGAGGAAUCGAGAUCUGCUUUAUACCUUUUGACCUUAGCGGUGUCUACAUAUCAUGGGUAUGGAGGUCGUAGACUCUAAAUUAGCCUUGGAUGCUCUGAGUGAAACCGAUGUGUCGGCUGAAGUUGGAAAAGUUGACAUAAAAUUUGGCUCUCAUGGUGCUGAGGAGCCGACUAAAGCUGUGGAACUGAAUAAACUUUCGGAGUCCAAUUUCCCUAAGGAUGUGGUUGAUGAGUGGCCUGAGCCCACACAGAUUCACUCCUUCUACAUUGUUAGAUACCGAGCAUUUGAAGACCAGAAUCUGAAGGCCAAACUUGAUAUGGCUGAUAAAGAUCUGCAGAAAAAGAACCAGGCGCGCUCACAGAUUUUUGAGAAACUGAAGACCAAAAGGGCUGAAAGGGCGGACGUCAGAACUCAAAUACAUUCCCUAAGUGUUGAGAACAAACAGUUUAGGUCAGUAUUGGAUGAAAAGAGAAAAGAAAUGGAACCUCUCCAGCAGGCUCUGGGCAAGUUGAGAGGCUCGUCUGGUGCUAGAGAUAAUAGGGGUUCUGGUGUAUGUUCAUCUGAGGCAGAACUCAAUGAUGUUAUCAAAAGCUUGCAAUACCGUAUUCAGCACGAAAGCAUUCCUCUCAGUGAAGAGAAGCAGAUUCUCAGGGAAAUUAAACUACUUGAGGGAACAAGGGAGAAGGUUAUCGCAAAUGCUGCUGAGAGGGCAAGGAUCCAGGAUUCAUUGGGGCAAAAGGAAGAUAUCCUGGACCAGGUCAAAUCGAUAGGAGUGGAUCUUGAUGGAGUUCGGAAGGAGAAACAAGUGGUCUUUGCCAAGAUCAAACAGCUAGAUGAAGACAAGUUGGCUCUAGAGAAAGAGAUAAAUGCCUUAGAAGAAGAACUGACUUCAGUUACCGAAAAGAGGGAUAAGAUUUUUCAGAACAUUACUGAAAUGAGGAAAAAACGAGACGAAGGGAAUUCCCCAUUCUACAAUAACCGUAACCUAUUGGCAAAAGCUAAAGUACUUGCAGCAAAAAAGGAUAUCGAUGCUGUGAAGGAGCUUUCAAAUUCAGAGGUUGAGAAUUUCAUGGCUCUCUGGAAUGCUAAUAAGGCUUUCCGGGCUGACUACGAAAGUAGAAUCUUGCAAUCACUCGAUUCGAGGCAGUUGAGCAAGGAUGGCCGCUUGAGGAACUUCGACGAGAAGCCACUAGUGGCAGUUGAGAGACCAGUUCCAUCAGAGGCUGAGGUUGUCAAAACGAAAGUCAAGGAAACACCCAAGGAGGAAGCCGCUCCCCUCGAGCAGAAAGUUGGGAAAGCGAAGAGUGGUAAAAACCAUAAAGAAGAAACCAAGAAAACCGAAUCUGCCUCGGAGAAAAAAGACAAGGAAUACGAACAAGAGGCCCCUCCUGCGGAAAAACCGCAGAAGGAUACUCGUCAAGUAGUAAUCGACGAGAAGAAGCUGAAGGAGCUUAAGAGAGAGGAAGAGAUCUUCAAGCGUAAUCAGGCGGAGGAGAGGAAGAAGAAGCUGGCAGAGAAGGCAGCUACCAAAGCAGCGAUAAAAGCUCAGAAGGAAGCCGAGAAGAAGCUCAAAGAACGAUCUUGUUCCUCUUUAUCGUUUCAGCUAGAUUUCCCUUUAUGAGUAAUUCAACUUAUAGUUUUUCAUCACAAUCUAUGCAGGAGCGUGAGAAGAGGGCAAGGAAGAAGAACGGAGGCGGAGGUGCUACUGUCGAGUCUGAAGAAGCUGGUGAGACUGUCGGGGAGGAUGCUGAGCCGGAGAAGGCGGAGGAGAAGGUUGAAGUGCCGGUGGCGCAGAAGAGCAAGGAGCGGAAGGAACACGCGGUGAGGCAGAGGGGGCGCGCAAGGGGGGCAGAUUCGCUGCCCAAGGCUAUACUGAAACGCAAGAAGGCGACGAACUACUGGAUGUGGGCUGCGCCUGCGGCGGCGUUGGUGGUGAUUUUGCUUGCGGUGGUUGGCUAUAGCUAUCUGAGUUGAGGCACAAUAUAUGUUAGAAGAUAAUGAAAAAUGAGAAACUCCCCUUUUUGAGUGCGUGUUCUUUCUUGUUAAGGCGCCUGUGUUUGUAGAGUGAUGGGACACUUUGAGGUUGUAAUGUUUGUACAACAGUUUGGUUUAAAGUUUAAACAGAUAAAUUACACACUUGCUUUUUUAUUUUUAUAAAAAGGAUGAAGAUUACUUAGGA